AUGAAACCUCCAACAGCUACCGUCUCUGACAAUAAGCCACCGUUCAAACAAAACCUACUCAUGAGUAAUAAAAGCAGCAGUUUCUCGGUCGUGCGCAUGGAUGGAAAAGAAAAGAAGGAGCUAGACCCGUUGGUACCUCCUCUUAAAGCUAGCAAGAGCGAGAGAAUCAACUGGUUCAGAAGCAAGCUACCUGAGCUUGAGAUCUUGAACUCCACAAGCAAGAGCAAGAGAUUCCAUGCAAGAAUUUCGGAGCUUUUCAACAAGAACUGCUCAGCUCACUUCUUUAUGAUCUGGCUUUCUCCGGCAAAGUUCUUUGGACCGAGAGAGAUGUUAGCUGUUGACACACUCUUCACAACCAACCCUGGUGCUUGCCUGGUGAUUCUCUCCAACUCCUUAGACUCACCCAAAGGAUACACCCUCCUUAACCCAUUUCUUGAUCUAGGUUUCAACAUCGUUGCUGUAACAUUAGACAUCCCGUUCCUCGUCAAGAACACUCCCGCGGAAGCUUGGCUGAUAAAUCUAAAGAGCGGUGACAUGGAUCCAGGUUCCAUCCCUUUGUUCAUGAACCUCUCUGAUCUGACAAGACUCGCGGUGCUCUACAAGUACGGAGGAGUGUAUCUAGACACAGACAUCAUCUCCCUCAACGACAUGACGGGUCUGAGAAACGCAAUAGGGGUACAAAGUUUGGAUCCAGAAACCAAGAAAUGGACAACACUAAACAACGCAGUGAUGGUCUUUGACCCUUACCAUCCAAUCAUGAGAGAGUUUUUGCACGAGUACGCCACAACUUUCGAUGGGAACAGAUGGGGAUACAACAGUCCUUACAUGGUCACUAGAGUUAUCAAGAGAUUAGGACACAAACCUGAGUACAACCUUACCAUCCACCCGCCAGAUGCUUUCUAUCCAGUGAACUGGGUUGACAUCCGAAGGCUUUUAAAGAAACCAAGAACCAGAGGAGAAGCAGAAUGGGUAGAGAAGACGGUACAAGGCAUGAGCAAAGAGAGUUAUAUGGUGCAUCUGUGGAAUAAAAUCACGAGAAAGAUUAAGAUUGAAGAAGGUAGCGUUUUGCACAAACUCAUCUCAGCCCACUGCACAGUCUGCGGAAACAUCACAAACUCUCACACUUGA